GCAUUUUGGGGAGAAGGAGAGAGCCAGGGGAGCGGAGACGGAGGGAGUAAAUGUAGGGAGAGCGGGACGCGAGCCUAAUGCACUGUUGUAAUUGCGAAGCCAUCGCCCUGGUCCCUGAUGCACACGGACGCAAUCCGACACCAAGGACACGAAUACAGCGGUUUGGACCGGAUUGUUCAGCAGGAAGGGCUGUGUGCAUAGUGUUAAAAAUUAUGUUCGCGACCCAGGUGUGCUGAAGAUAAACGCGGUCGCACGGGAAGUCUCCCAAACAAGACACUGUUCCUGCACUCGUGUCCAUUCCUGGACUGAUCCAGAAGUCAGACACACUUCAUAAAGUCCUGGCCCACCCCUCACCGCUACCAUCUCACUUGGGGAUAAAUGUGUGCUCUAGCUGGGGGGAGCAGGGUUGGGACACAAACCAGAAUCCACACAGAUUCUCUCUGAACUCCAGUAGGAUGUCCUGGGUCAGUGGAUUCUUAGUGGCCAGAGUGGACGACCACAAAACGGCGUGGGGGGAGCGCAAUGGAAGCAGGUCCAAGCGAAAGGGCAGCUCACUGUGCAACCCUCGCUACAUGAGCUGCCUCCGGGAUCUCGAAGCCAUGGAGCCUCCUGCUCAGACUCCUCCCCAGCACCACCGUGGAGGGGGGGCAGGAGGCGGAGUCGGAGUCGGAAACUUUGGGCAGCGAUGCGGCUGGCAAGAGGACCAUUACGGCAAAAGGGGAGGGGGUGGUGCGGAUGUAGCGCUAAAAUCUGUGGACCUGACCUUUGAAGAUAGGGACUUAAAGGGGAGGAAAGGGGGAGCAGGCUGGGGCGAGGCAUCGGAGGAAGGGAUGGGAGUGGCUAGUGGUGCAACAGGUGGGCCCAGUGGUGUGACAGCUGCGGACUGCUGGCUGCGGGUGGUGCAGGUGUUCCAGUCCAAAAAGUUUCAGUCAGCCAAGCUGGAGCGGCUCUACCAACGUUACUUCUUCCGGCUCAACCAGAGCUCUCUGACAAUGCUGAUGGGUGUGCUGGUCAUUGUGUGUGGGGUUAUGCUCACCUUCCACUGCGUGCACAAUGUGCCGGAUGUUGCCUACUCCUGCGUUCUCUCUGUGGCCAUGGCACUCUUCCUGGCUAUGAUGGUGGUCUGCAACCGCAACGGCUUCCACCAGGACUACAUGUGGAUGGUGAGCUACCUGGUCAUCGGCGUGCUCUUCGUGGUGCAGGUGUUUGGCGUGCUCAUGAUAGCCCCCCGCAGUGCUUCAGAGGGCAUCUGGUGGUCCGUCUUCUUCAUCUACAUCAUCUAUACCUUGCUGCCAGUGCGCAUGAGGGCAGCGGUGCUGAGUGGGACAGUGCUCUCCUCCAUCCACCUGCUCACAGCCUGGAGGCUCAACCUGGAUGAUAGCUUCCUAUGGAAACAGCUGAGUGCCAACGUGCUGAUCUUCCUCUGCACCAACAUCAUCGGGAUCUGCACUCACUACCCGGCCGAAGUGUCCCAGAGACAAGCCUUUCAGGAGACCAGAGGCUAUAUCCAGGCACGGCUGCACCUGCAGAGGGAGAACCAGCAACAGGAACGCCUGCUGCUGUCUGUGUUGCCCAGGCAUGUUGCCAUGGAGAUGAAGGCGGACAUCAAUGCCAAGAAAGAAGACAUGAUGUUUCACAAGAUCUAUAUCCAGAAACACGACAAUGUCAGUAUCCUGUUUGCUGACAUAGAGGGCUUCACCAGCUUGGCAUCACAGUGUACGGCGCAGGAGCUGGUCAUGACACUCAAUGAACUCUUUGCUCGCUUCGACAAACUGGCUGCAGAGAACCACUGUUUGCGCAUUAAGAUCUUGGGAGACUGUUACUACUGUGUGUCAGGCCUCCCAGAACCCAGAGCUGACCAUGCUCACUGCUGCGUGGAGAUGGGUGUGGACAUGAUUGAGGCCAUCUCGCUGGUGCGAGAGGUCACUGGGGUCAAUGUGAACAUGCGUGUGGGGAUCCACAGUGGACGUGUCCAUUGUGGAGUGCUGGGACUCCGCAAAUGGCAGUUCGAUGUCUGGUCCAAUGAUGUUACCCUGGCGAAUCACAUGGAAGCAGGGGGCAAGGCAGGGCGUAUCCACAUUACGAAAGCCACACUGCAGUACCUGAAUGGGGACUACGAGGUGGAGCCCGGGUUCGGGGGAGACAGGAACGCCUACCUGAAGGAGAACAGCAUAGAGACAUUCCUGGUGCUGGGCUGCAGUCAGAAAAGGAAAGAAGAGAAGGCCAUGAUGGCUAAGAUGCAGCGUGCGCGGGCCAACUCCACCGAGGGCCUGAUGCCUCGCUGGGUUCCAGACAGGAGCUUCUCCAGAACGAAGGACUCUAAAGUGUUCAGGCAGAUGGGCAUUGAUGAAACUUCCAGCAAAGACAACCGAGGUGCACAGGAGGCCUUGGACCCUGAGGAUGAGGUGGAUGAGUUUUUAGGGCGAGCGAUCGAUGCUCGCAGCAUUGACCAGCUCCGCAAGGAUCACGUCAAGAAGUUCCUGCUCACCUUCCAGACCUCUGAUUUGGAGAAAAAGUAUUCUAAGAAGGUGGAUGACCGCUUUGGAGGCUAUGUGGCUUGCACUCUCCUCGUCUUCUGCUUCAUCUCCUUCAUACAGAUUGUCAUCUUCCCUCAUACCCCUCUAAUGCUGGGCGUCUACAUCAGUAUCUUUAUUAUACUGGCAAACAUCCUCUUUAUCUGUGCUAUAUACUCCUGCAUUAAGCUCUUCCCAGUGGCCAUGCAGACAGUGUCGAAGAAGAUUGUCCACUCCCGUACUAACAGCACCCUGGUGGGUGUGUUCACCAUCCUCCUUGUCUUCAUCUCUGCCUUCAUCAACAUGUUUGCCUGUGACACACAGAGUUUGAUUGACUGCAUCUCCCGCAACCUCAACACAUCCGAGGACCAGGUGACCGUCUGUCUUAUCCACAACCUAUCGCAGUCAGUAGAGGAGGGGCUGGUCCACUGCCCCAGCGACGCCCCCCCCUGCCACUUCCCAGAGUAUUUCAGCUACAGUGUGCUGCUGACACUGCUUGCCUGCUCCGUGUUCCUGCAGAUCAGCAGCAUUGGGAAACUGGCCCUCAUGCUGCUGAUCCAGCUCUCCUUCCUUCUCCUGGUGGAAUGGCCACAGGAGGCACUGUUCAACAAUGCCGACCUCUUUGUCACUGCCAAUGCCUUGUAUUCACGACCAUUCAAUGACACUCUGGAAUGGUCCAGUUUCAAUGAAACAGAUACAUGCCAGAAGACUGUGACCAAAGUGUCACUGAAGGUCAUGACCCCUGUGAUUCUGACCGUCUUCGUGCUGGCAUUGUAUCUGCAUGCCCAGCAGGUAGAGUCCACGGCACGCCUGGACUUUCUCUGGAAACUACAGGCCACAGAGGAGAAAGAAGAGAUGGAGGAGCUGCAGGCCUACAAUCGCCGUCUUCUCCACAACAUCCUGCCCAAGGACGUGGCGGCCCACUUCCUGGCGCGCGAGCGGCGGAACGAUGAGCUGUACUACCAGUCCUGCGAGUGUGUAGCUGUCAUGUUUGCCUCCAUCAGCAACUUCUCCGAGUUCUACGUGGAGCUGGAGGCCAACAACGAGGGUGUGGAGUGCCUGCGCCUGCUCAACGAGAUCAUUGCCGACUUUGACGAGAUAAUCAGCGAGGAGAAGUACAAGCAGCUGGAGAAGAUAAAAACUAUUGGCAGCACCUACAUGGCGGCAUCUGGCCUGAACGACUCCACCUAUGACAAGGAGGGCCGCUCCCACAUCCUGGCACUGGCCGACUACGCCAUGAGAUUGCGGGAGCAGAUGACAUACAUCAAUGAGCAUUCCUUCAACAACUUUCAGAUGAAGAUUGGUUUGAACAUGGGGCCUGUGGUUGCCGGGGUUAUUGGAGCUAGGAAGCCACAGUACGACAUCUGGGGCAACACAGUCAACGUGGCCAGCCGCAUGGACAGCACCGGAGUCCCUGAUCGCAUCCAGGUGACCACAGACCUGUACCAGGUGCUGGCAAACAAAGAUUACCAGCUGGAGUGUCGGGGAGUCGUCAAGGUGAAGGGAAAGGGGGAGAUGACUACCUACUUCCUGAAUGAUGGGCCCCCCAGCAGCUAGCAGCAGUUCCGGAGGUUCCACUGUACAGACAUGGAGACAGACUGUCAAAGGCAGACUUCAGCAGAGACAUCUCAUGAACAGACACAGGACUCCGGGAGUCACGUGCCAAGAAAGAAACCGUGUGUGUGCGUGAGUGCACGUGUGC